AUGUUGUAAAAAACAAACAAAAAAAAAGAUCAAGAUUCUCACUCCUGUUGGUAAAAUCAUCAAGACCAAAAUUUGAAGCAUCCAAGAAACACUCUCAAUAAAAAUCCCUAAAGCUGAUUGCUUGUGCAAUUGAGGAGGCUCAAGGUUUUGGAGCUGUCUACAAAUGGCUGAGAUUGUAGAAGCAGAUAAUUACGAAGGCAUAAUCACAAGAAUCGAGCACAAGUCCCGCAAGAUCGAAAGUUUACUCAAACAGUAUAAACCAGUGGAAGCUCUGAAAACAGCUCUAGAAGGAUCACCUCCUAAGACCAAGGAUGAAAGAUGCAAGUCUGCUAAUUGGAUAGUGGUGCAUAGGGCUAUAAUGGCUAUCAAGGAUGUGGAUAGCUUGUUCUCUGCAUUGGAUCCUGAGUAUUAUGAUAUUCUCAUGAAAUGGAAAUCAGAGAAGGUGUUAUUGAAGUUCCAGAGCUUGUCUUUUCAGGAAAUAGCUGACAAACUCUUUGAGCUGAUGGUGUUGCAAUGCAUUACUUCGUGCAGGUACUUGUACAGAGGUUUGUCUACUGGAGACCGGCCAACAUGUGACCAAUGUCUAAGGAUCCAUGAAAAACUAACAGAAAAAGCUGGUUUGGGAUGCAUACUGCGUUGUCUUGCUGACACUGUGAAUCCUGUGUGACUAAUACGCUGGAUACUGUAGCAAUCUGUAUAUGUCUUAUCUUUGCUUUCUGAUUGAAUAUUGAUGUUGAGAUUGAGUUUAGCCUAUUUUCAAAGGGCUGAUUCCUCUCCUUUAGUCGUAUGUAUUCUUCGCGACAUAUAACAUAUGAACUAUACCAAGGCAAUUUGAGAUUUCUGCCAUCCUUUAGUGCAUUUUUGUGACUCUUGAUA